AUGCCGUCCCGGUUUGAACGUCAUCCGCCUAUCCCUCCGAGCUCAACUUCUGGCACCGCCGCCAUCCCACUACACUCUUCUCAAAUAUCUGGCCUGGAAAUUAGCCCACGUCGCCUAGUUCGGCCUCGCGAUGCUUCGAUCGUGCCACCGUCAAACGGCAGUAUGCCCAAGAGUUCAUCCCACCGAGGACAUUCACGCUCGAUCAGCAAUCCGUUCGCUGGGUUUGGGCGCAAACGGGACAAGACACCUGCCAAGCAUGCGAUUUGGGACUCUGACGAUGAUGAUGACGAUGAGGUAACCUAUCCCUUAGAGCCCGAGUCGUCAAGUCCCCGGAAAGGUGCAGCACCUGGAAAUGAUAUCGUCGAGGGAAAGUGCCAAACGUGUGAUGCUACUGUCCGGUGGCCACGACACUUGAAGGUGUUUAGAUGCACCGACUGCUUGAUGAUCACAGACCUCGAGCCGAUGUCUCAUGAAUCAAAAGACAAUCCUCCACAAGGGUCUCAGGGCGGGGCGUCCAAGUUGGGAAACAAAGUGCUUCCUUUGACGGUCAAUCAAACCCGUGGUAUGAUCGGAGGGUGUCUUAAUAUGUAUUUUGAUAACCUUUUGGACAAUGGCUCUCGGUCAUGGGUGCCGCCGAACGACGACAUAAAGAACAAACCGCUGCCUGAUCUUCCACCAAUGCAGGCUCAUGCCUCUGGUUCAAACAAUCUCUCACCCCCGCGCACCGAGGGCUCUCGGGGCCGGAGUGCUUCCCAUUCUAGUGAACGGGAAAGGUUGGCGGCAUCAAAAGAGAACUCGGGUUACUUGACACCACAAUCUGUUCGCUGGGAGGGCAAUGACACACCCGUCAGAGUCCGAGCAAAUUCAGAUCUCCGAUCAUCCCCAAAGCUAGACUGCAGCCCGCAAGGUGUCUCGCAAGCUGGGAACCCAGAGUUUCAAAGUUGUGACAAUCGGACACACAUUUUCACACGGCUGGAAAAUACCAUCGCCACUGCCUUCAAAGGCUGUGAUUGCCUCAACGAAUCUUUCACCACAUACCCACCUCCUCGAUCAGCUCGAUCAGCUCGAUCAGCCAGUAGUGGCAAUCCGUCGAAAAUGAAGAUAGAACCGACCACAGUGCCCCAACCAUCGCAGGACACUCCUGUCUUUGAACCGGAUGCAAAAACUCUUCUUUUGGGGGAUUUGACUGAGAACUCCUCUUGGUGGAUGAAUGAAUGGGCUGAGGCUGAAGGACAAAACCCCGCGUAUUCCAAAGAGAAGAGCGCCCCAAAGUCUCGGAUGGUAUCAUCGCGAAGUCCUCGGAUCAACUGGACCGAGGUAGCCCAGUGGUAUCAUUUGAUUUUGUCGGCGGGAAGUUCUUGGACUGAGUUAUGGGCGGCAAAAAAACCCGACCCGACACGAUCAGAAGCGGAUUCGACCCGAGCUAAGAGAUGGGCGUCGAUUGAUCCGUCUUUGAUCGGGAGACAGAUCAGCGAGUCUCGUUUACAUUUACAACGGGCACUGUUGAAAGCUACCGAGGGCCUCCUCAAGCGCCCGCGUUGUGUUCUGAAGAAGCCAGAAGACACCAGGUUCUUGUUUAUAUUGCUAGCGAAUCCCAUCUUGUCUUCACCUGCGUUGUAUACCCAGCAUACGCCGGCCACGCCGUCUCACCGAGACGACAGACGCCCCUCGCAUCCAAAAGAUCCUCCGAAGCCGGCAAACCGAGACGGAAAAUCCUCACACAAAGCCUUGCCCAAAGCCCCUGCUCGUCCAGAGGGCCCCAGUCACCACUAUGGAAUCAUCAAACGAAUCCUGGGACUCAUGUCCAACUUGCCCAAUGACUGCCAUCACUACUUCGUGUCUUGGGCUUCCCGUUUCUCUGUCAGACAUUUCGAGCGACUGGUAGAACUUGUCGGCGGAUUUCUCACUUACCGUUUGAGUCGUCAGCAUGGGCGAAAACGUCAGCAAAUCCCUCAAGAUGGGGAUGAUCUAAUACCGAGCUUCGCCAGUGCUUCGGGAAACACUGCUGCGGAACUCCACGCUGCGAUUAAUCGAGGCAACACGAACAAGAAGUCUGGCAAAAAAACCGAAGACCCCAUAGUAUACGCCGAGGACUGGCAGAUCAGAGCGGCGGGAAGAGUAAUGUCGCUGUUCUUUACGGCUAACAUCUCCGCUGCAACGAGGAAAUCUGAUGGAACCCCGCGCAGUCUUGAAAUGCCCAAGAACCCAGGCCCUCGUCAAGGACAUAUGAUUCCGAUCAGUACAUUUUACAACACACUGUUGGACUAUUCGGAUCUAGUAACGGACUUCGAGACUUGGGAAGCUAAAGUCACGAAGUUUUCGUUCUGUCAGUAUCCGUUCCUCCUUAGCAUCUGGGCCAAAAUUCAUAUCAUGGAGCAUGAUGCGCGUCGUCAAAUGGAAGUGAAAGCACGCGAUGCUUUUUUCAACAGCGUCCUCAACCACAGCGCGGUUAGUCAGUACCUUGUGCUGAAGGUACGACGCGAGUGUUUGAUCGAAGACAGCCUCAAGGGGGUGAGUGAAGUUGUUGGUACUGGCCAAGAAGAAAUCAAAAAGGGUCUCCGAAUCGAAUUUUUGGGUGAAGAAGGCAUUGACGCUGGUGGGCUGCGGAAGGAAUGGUUCCUUCUACUCGUCCGAGAGGUCUUUGACCCGCUUCAUGGCCUCUUCAUCUACGAUGAUGAUUCGCAGUACUGCUACUUCAAUCCUUAUUGCUUCGAGUCAUCCGAACAAUUCUUCUUGGUUGGGGUUCUUCUAGGUCUCGCCAUUUACAACUCCACCAUCCUCGAUGUUGAUCUCCCGCCGUUUGCGUUCAAGAAGUUGCUGUCGUCGGCGCCGCACGCAAGCGGGCCACAAGCGGCUAUCUCCUUGCGUUCACCCUUCAAAUGUACCCUAGAAGAUCUUGCCGAGUACCGGCCAGCUCUCGCCAAAGGACUCCGGGGUCUACUGGAAUUCGAAGGCAAUGUUGCCGAAACAUUCUGCUACGAUUUUGUUGCUCAGGUCGAACGCUAUGGCGAGGUCGUCAGUGUGCCACUCUGUGCAAAUGGCGAGAAUCGGCCGGUGACCAACUCUAACAAGCGUGAGUUUGUGGAUUUGUAUGUCAGAUAUCUGCUAGAUACAGCCGUGGCUCGACAAUUCGAACCUUUUAAGCGCGGUUUCUUCACAGUUUGCGGUGGCAAUGCGCUAUCACUAUUCCGACCAGAAGAGAUCGAAAUGCUAGUCCGCGGUUCAGAUGAACCACUCGAUGUCAGCUCUCUCCGAGCUGUGGCCACCUAUGACAACUGGUCGCACCCACGACCAGAGUCCGUCCCCGUGGUGCGAUGGUUCUGGGACUUCUUCGAGAAAUCGGAACCUCAAGCGCAGCGCAAGAUCCUGUCAUUCAUUACUGGCAGUGAUCGGAUUCCAGCCAUGGGGGCUACAAGUCUUAUCAUCCGUCUUGCUUGUCUUGGAGAUGACUGUCGCCGUUACCCGAUUGCGCGUACAUGUUUCAACACGCUGGGCCUUUACCGCUAUCCCACACGGGAAAAGUUCCAGCAGCUACUCUGGGAUGCAGUUGUAAAUAGCGAAGGAUUUGGCUUGAAAUGA